GAGACUCCUUCACCUCUGCUAAUUCCCUGCAGCUGGAGAGAGAGCAGCCAGACCAGCCUACUGUCCUCCUGUGAAGAGACACGCAGCUUAGAGACUUCUGACCCUGUGGAGAUACACGCAGCUUUGAGACUUCUGACCCUGUGAAGAGACACGCAGCUUUGAGACUUCUGACAUGGAUCUGGUUGUGAAUAAAGUGGACCUCCACUGCGAGGCCAAUAACUCCGCCCACCGGACCAAUGACAUCAGCAAGCAGUGUCUGAUCGUGCGGAGGGGGCAGUCCUUUCUGUUGACCCUCAGGCUGCCCCGCCCCUUCAACCCUGCCUCCGACACGCUCCUGAUCACCGCUGAGACGGGCCUCCAGGCUUCAGAAUCUCUCGGCACCCGUUCAGUGUUCAGUUUCCCCAAAAGCAAAACGGGGAAAGCGGCGUGGGGGGCGGAGCUCGACCCGAAGACAGUGCUGUUGGCAGGAAGUGUGACCCUGGCCGUGACCCCUCCAGCGAACGCCCCCGUGGGUCAGUACUCCCUGUUUGUGAAGACCAAGGAGGGGGAGCCGAACGGGACCAGCCUGGGAAUCCUGCUGAUGCUCUUCAACCCCUGGUGUAAAGAUGACUGGGUCUACCUGGGUGUGGAGGAAGAGAGGCAGGAGUAUGUUAUGAAAGAGCAGAGCAUCAUCUAUCGUGGUUCGGACAACUACAUUGACACCCUGGCCUGGAACUUAGGACAGUUUGAGGAGGACAUGGUGGAGAUCUGUAUGAAGCUGUUGGAUGUCAACCCCAAGUGUCUGAGGGACGCUUCACAAGACUUCUCCGCCCGCUGCAACCCCAUCUACGUCAGUCGGGUGGUCAGCGCCAUGAUAAAUUGCAACGAUGACCGCGGGGUGGUGCUGGGAAACUGGGGCAACUCGUUCGCCGGAGGGGUCAGCCCCACCCAAUGGAACGGCAGUGUGGACAUCCUGCGACGCUGGCGGAAGUUUGACUGCAACCCUGUCAAGUACGGGCAGUGCUGGGUGUACGCCGGUGUCAUGUGCACAGUGUUGAGAUGUCUGGGGAUCCCGUGUCGAAUCGUCACCAACUUCCAGUCGGCCCAUGACACGGAUGGCAGCCUGACAGUGGACGAGUUCUACGGAGACUAUGGAGUCUUGGAGAAGGCUAGCAGCGACAGUGUCUGGAACUACCAUGUGUGGGUGGAAGCCUGGAUGAAGCGUCCCGACUUGUCAGAUGACUCUAUGUACGACGGCUGGCAGGUGCUGGACCCCACCCCUCAGGAGAAGAGCAGUGGCGUGUACUGCUGUGGCCCCACCCCGGUCAAGGCCAUCCUCCUGGGCCACACCAACGUGCUGUAUGACGUCCCUUUCGUGUUCGCCGAAGUCAACGCCGACCAUGUGACGUGGCUGGUGGCGAAGGAUGGAUCCAAGAAGAGGAUCUUCUCUGACGCCGUCUCCGUGGGACAGAACAUCAGCACCAAGAGCGUGGGCAGUGACAAGAGACAGAACAUCACUGACAACUACAAACACAGAGAGGGCACCACAGACGAGAGAGCUUCUUUUAACCGGGCUGUGAGCGGCGGCUUCAAGCCCAAGAAGGAGGACAAAGAGGCGGGCGAACCCUCUGGAAAUCCUACCGGGACACCCGCAGGAACGCCCACCGCACCCACCCCCGCACCCACCACCGGACCCACCACUGGAAACACCACCUCAAACACCAAUGGAACGCCUAACAGGCCAGUGGCUCCGGGGGCCGUGGAGAUGAAGGUCGUGGUGGAGGGCAAGCCCCUGAGCGGGGCCGACAUCAGGCUGAAGCUGGUGGUGCAGAGCCUGGCUGGCGCCCCCUGCAGCCUGCUGCUGCACAUCAACGUCCAGGCCAUGAAGUACACCGGCACCCCCACCUCUCAGGUGCAGACGGAGGAGAAGCAGCUCCAGCUAGCCCCUGGGCAAGAGCUAACUGUCCCCAUCCUGAUCCCGUUCUCCGUGUACGGAGAACACAUGUUGGAGAACAACAGUAUGAGGGUGUCGGCGUUGGCUACGGACCAGAAGAACACAAAGAAUGUUUACCUGACGGAGAUGGAGAUCGUACCGAAAGACCCUGCCCUCACCAUCACUAGCGUGGGCCCAGCACAGCAGUACCGUGAGCUGGUGGCAGAGGUGGUGUUCAUGAACCCCCUGGAUGAAGCUCUGACAGACUGCACCAUCACGGUGACAGGCAGUGGAGUUCUGCAGAGCUCUUUGGAGACCAGGCUGGCCUCGUUGCCCCCAGAUCACCGUGUCCGCGUGCAGGUGCCCGUGACGCCGUACAGAUCGGGGCAGAAGAAGCUGGUGGCGGACUUCAACUGCAACUCUUUCAGGAACAUCAAGGCUAGCUGCAAUGUUGACGUAGCUCCUUAUAACCGCUUCGGCUACAGCUUUGGCCGCAUCGCCUGAGACUGGCCUCACUCCUUCCUGAGGUCUGAAGGGAGGUAGACAACACUGGCCUGUGGGAGAAGAGUGGCAUGUUCCAGUCUGCAGUUUUGUAAUUUGUAUAUUUAUCUGGACCUGGGCUGUAUGGCUGUACUAGCCAUUUGUCAUGUGACUUUUUACGGUUGUACUGUAGAUGUUGCAGACACAUACACACACUCUCUCAUACACACAUCCUUACUCUCUCACAUGCACACAAGUUCGAGAUGUAUAUGUUAUUAUUGCUUUGGAGAUGUUAUAUGGUGCUGUUCGUGGAGAAUCCAUAAACCAAAUGCAGCAUUACCAAACUAAAGUGUGUUUCCAUUCCUUCCAUUUUGAUGAUCAUGAUAAAAGCAUUUUUGUUUGAAGGCUUGACGCAGAAACGCUUCAGUGUUAGAGGUUUAUCAUGAGCAUGCCGUGACAGUAAAGGCCUUUUCAUUGUUA